AAUUUUAACAAAUGAUCCAAAUUUCAAUUACACCGACAUCGACCAUAAAGUAAAGGACUUCUUUGGGUCCUGUGUGAAUUUAGUUCAGAAAAAAGAACCCCUUAAACAAGACUUAAUUCGGACUAUCGCCCAGUUUGGUGAAAUGCCUGCGCUCAGCGGGGCUAAAUGGAGUGCGGAUAAAUUCGACUGGGUGGAGACAAUUGCGAAAAUUGCUCACAAAUAUGGCAAGAACAUCAUCAUAGGCAUGGAUAUAAUGGCUGAUUUUAAAGCCAAUAGUGUCAAUAAAAUUUACAUUGGUCGGGGGGAACUGCCCUUAGAAAGUCGUGUUAUGUAUUUGGAUAAUUCAACAGCUGUGUAUAGAGAUAGUUACAGAAGCGAAAUUCGCAAAGAGCUUGAAAAUUUUUUGGGAAUGGAUACACAUUUGGCUACGAAGACUGCAAAUGAAAUUGUGGAUUUCGAGUUGAAUUUAGCACAAGGUUUAAUUGACGACACACUCGGUCCGAAUCUAGAUGAGUUAUUCAAACUCACAAUAAUAGUUCACGAAAUAGUUCUAGACAAAGUGUAUGAGUUUGCUGAAUCAUAUCAGAAAAACUUGUUGAAAAUUAUUCCCUUGACACCAAAAGCAACACUAGCUAAUUAUAUUUUCUAUACAUUUCUCACCGAUUAUAUGCUAGAUAUCGAUAAUUUAACAAAGAGGCAGCAAAAGAAAGCCUGCAUUGAGAAGACCAAGUCAUAUUUUGCUAAGAAUGUGGAUAAUAUGGUCUAUCGUAGAUAUAGUACCGAUAAACCUAAACGUGAUGUCGAGUAUAUGUUCUAUAAGCUAAAGCAAACAUUCAAAAAUAAGUUACUUUCAGAUGACCUCAACUGGAUAUCAGAACCGACCCGUCAUUAUGCACUUGAAAAACUCGAUGCCCUUCGAAUGGAAAUCAAUUCAUACUCAGAUCAUGAUUUUACCGAAGAAUUUGGUUCAUUGGUUACCAAUAAAGACGAUUAUCUAGCAAAUGUGUUUGCUUUAUUAGAGUUAAAUACUAUAAGAUUUAUCGCAAAAUUACACGAAGAGCCAAGACCCAUAGAAGCUGGCGAAAUACUAUCCUACACGCUUACUAAUAUCCUCAUUGAAAAUGUCAUCAAAGUACCGGUAUCGAUUUUGCAGCUAUUCUACAUUAUGUUUGAAUACUACCCAACAGCACUAAAAUUCGGUACUUUAGGCGCAAUGACAGGGCACGACAUUAUGCAUACGUUCUACGACGCCGGACACCGCUUCGACAAGGAUGGCAAUAGUCGCGACUGGUGGAACGAGAGAUCCACGUAUAUUGUAAACUCGCUUUAA